AAUUAUUUUCAGAUAUUUUUAAAUUACAUUAUGAUUGCCACCAAGGCCCCCACUAAGGAAACUCCCAGCCCGAUAUUAAUUACGACGGAUGAACAUGCUACUGAAGUUAUUAAAGCUAUCAAGAAAUACUCAAAAGAUAACCACACGAAAGAAAUCGUCCUAGGAAUGGACUGAGAAGGAAUUCAGAAGGAUAAGCCAUUGUCUCUGAUUCAGUUAUAUAUCAAUGGAAACACAUACAUAUUUGAUGUUAUCAAGCACAAUCCCUUUGAGCUUGGAUUAAAAGAGAUUCUGGAAAAUGAUAGCUAUAUAAAGGUCUUCCAUGACUUUUGUGAGGACUCUGCAGCUCUAUUCCGUCAUUUCAGGGUCUCUCCAACCAAGAUCUUUGAUACCCAGAUUGCUCACAGAAUCAAGAGGGAGCUUGAAGAGACCAUCACUUAUCAAGACAACAAUAUUUCGCUCAAUAAUCUCCUACAAACCUAUAUGAAAGUUGAAAAUACCAUGAAAACUGAGAUGAACAGCCAGAUGACAAGUGACCCUGAGUUCUGGUAUCAGAGGCCUCUCACCUAUGCGAUGCUGGAGUAUGCUGCGCAAGACGUCAUAUAUCUGCCGGAGAUGUACCGAAUUUUCAUCAAGAACCUCAGAACUGCAACUAUAGCGAAGAUAUUCCAGAAGUCUUCAGAAUAUCUAUACUAUAGUCUUCUAAAUUGUCAUACCAAGGAUUUCACUUGCUUAACGGAAGGAGAUAUGGUAGGAGCAUACAUCAAAAACUACUAUGGAAAGGUUAUUUUCUGUAGCCUCAACCUCGGAUGCUCAGGCAUCAUCAGAGACGAAAUCUCCUGAGAUUUCAUCCACAAGAAUUUCAACAUGGGAGAUCUGAUAAAUCUUCAAGUCGAAAGCAUCGACUACGAAAAGAAGUCAGUCAUGCUGGUUGUCCCAGACAACCUUCUCAGCAUGGAAGAAAGUACAGUUAAGGGGUACUACAAACUUGCCAAGAUGAGCCAAGAGUCCAAAGUCAAGAAGAUGGUGGAAGCUCUCAGUAAGAAAUCCUUCAAAAAGCCAAGAAAGACCUCGAUGAGCCUGACUUCGAAGAAAUUUUUCCCAAAGAUAAAGAAAUUUGAGUCAAAGGCGAAGUCCAAAUCCGGAUCCUUCGAUGAAGCGGCAACAUCUUCGACCACAGCUAUUAGUUGUAGCGCCUAACUUGAGCCUCU